CCAUUAGGUCCUGGGAAGUAUAUUUUUGAUAUUGGAUGUGAGCAGCAUGGUGAAUAUCAUCAUGAAGAGAAACCAGAAGAAGAGGAGGAAGAAGAAACUUUGGUACCAUCCAUUCCAAAAUGGAAAGCAACAAAAAUUACUAAUCUAACACUCUGGACACCUGAAGAACCACCUCCUCCAGAAGCAACUCCUGCAGCAACAGUAGAGGGUCCAUCAGCUGAACCAGAAGUUGCUGCAGCUGCUGAGAAUAUUGCUGAAGCACCUUCUGAAAGUGCUGAAAUUGCUGCAGAAGCAGGAGAGCCCACUGAAACAGCUUCUUCACCUAAAGAUAUAGAGGAAGAAGAAGAGGCAGCUAAAGAUGACCAAGGAGAUCAGGCCAUAGCAGAAGAAAAAGAAGAAGAAACAAGAGAAUCUGAGCCACAAGAGUAAUGGAAACAAAUUACAAAAAGAAAAAAGAAAAAGAAAGAGAGAGAGAGAGA